ACACUGGUUAGUUCUGUUUUGAAACGCAUCCGUAUGUCACAUUAUCAAAUAAUUGCUUUUAAAAUGUGGUAAAACCAGCAUUGAAAUCUUCGUAAAAUAAAUCAUUGCUAACUUGGUAAUAGACGUAUGAGACACUGUAGACAGCCAAGUAUAUUGUUAUUUUGGAUUGAGUGUAUUAUCUUGAAAUCAUGUUACAUCGUUUUAUUUCUGCGGUAUUUCAACCAUUUAAACAAGGGCUAUUCUUGGCUCAGCCUCCCAGUUCUAGUCUAGUAAAGCCAGAAUCUUGUUUACUGUCUUUAGUACGCACAAAAGUACGCUGUUACUUUCCUCGUCCCAAUGAAGUAAAAAGAGUUCGUCGGCAUGGCUGGGAAAAAAGAAUGUCUUCACAAAAUGGUCGCAGGGUAAUUAUGAGAAGACUUCUAAAAGGACGUCAUGUACUUACUCAUUAAUAUUUUUUCUAUAAUAUGAAGAGUAAAAAUAUAUAGUUAUAUUAACAUUAGAUUUGGAAAAUAAACCAUACAGUUUUUUUUA